CACGAACAUCAACCUUGGUUCUUCUGAGUAAAACAUGGUAGUGCAAGGUGCUGUGGGUGGGAUGAUAUUUAUCUGAUUUAUACAAUGACAUUACCAUUAUAACAAGAUGCAGUUUAUGAAUUCGUCCCCUUCUAUGACCAUGGUGUUACAACCGGGGUUGUGCCCUCCACCACGUCAAGCACAAGGGUGGCAACCUGCUUAUAUACGAGACCCUACACCCCCCUAUGGCAUGUCACGUCAUGGUGUGGUUAACUAUGGUCGCCCAAGUUCUGCCCAUGUUCAUUCAACGUCAACAUCAACAAGUUUCAAGAAACCGAUUCAACCGAAACGACCAACCACCGCUUAUAAGGAGCCUGUGAGGUCAUCAGCUAUGCAUUAUGAUGUCACAUUUACACCUCAUUACAACAGAAGAGAAGAAAGAUAUGUUCCGGAACCUCCUCCGCCCCGUAGUGGUGGAGGAAUGGCAGUUAGUGGAACUCUCACAGUUUACCCACGUAUGGAGAACGGGAAACUGGUAACAAUGCCACCCUAUGACCCGUUGUACGACCCUCACCUCGCUGAUUUCUUCGCGAAAAAGUUCCAACCUCCCCGACCCCCUCCAAGUCGCAGAAGUUGGUCGGCAGGGGCCGUGAGGGCGAACAACAUCAGUGGACAAAGUUUCUCAAGAUCUGGUCGGUUCACCGGAUCACAAUCCUUUAACAGGUCAACAAAAUCCCGAAAAGUUUCAUCUGGUUCAAAACAUACGAAAGGAAACGUUGAUUACAAAGUUACCGUUCGUACCGGGGAUAAAAAAGGUGGUGGGACUGAUGCGAGGGUAUUCAUCCAACUAGUUGGUAGACGAGGCAAAGUUUCAAAAUGGAGGUUAUUCAAGAAAUCUGGUCAAAGCAACAUAAAUACAUUUAGAUUCGCAAAAGGAUCUUCACACAUAUUUAAACAUAAAGGUCCUGACAUUGGUGAAAUACAGAAAGUGAUCGUGGAACAUGAUGGAAUAUCUGAGAGGGAUAGUUGGUUUCUUAAGGAGGUGAUGGUUGAAGACACGAAAUACGACCGAUCUUACACCUUUCCCUGCGAUCGAUGGCUCUCGUUGUACAAGGAAGACUGUCAGCUCACGCGACACCUAAUGGCCAUUUCGGGUCGACAAUCGAAACGUACAACGUAUGAGAUUACGACCGUCACUGGUGAGAAACGUGGGGCGGGUACGGACGCGAACGUCUUCAUCACACUGAGAGGUUCAAAAGGUGUUUCUCCUAAACUACAGCUGAAAUCUGAUCGACACAAUACAUUUGAACGAGGGAAUUCUGAUGUGUUUCGAUUGAAAUCGGCGAACGUUGGAAAUUUGAAGCGAGUCCGUGUUGAGAUUGAUGAGAAAGGAUUCGCACCAGCGUGGUUUCUUGAAAGGGUUGUAGUAGUUGACAUGUCGAAACCAUCGCAACGAAUCUUCUUCCCGUGUGGUCAAUGGUUGAGUGAUGACGAACAAUUAUUCAGAGACUUAGUGGGAAGCACAGAUCCAUUGGCAAGACCUAAAAUGAAUGCAUACGUGGUCCACGUCUUCACGGGCGACAUGCGCGGUGCCGGCACGGACGCCACAGUGAAGAUCACGCUCUUCGGCGACCAUGGCGACUCCGGGCAACUUGUGCUCGAUGAUUCCAAGAAUAAUUUUGAGCGGGGAAGGAAAGAUACUUUCUCCUUACAAUGCCCGCAUAUUGGGAAGAUUAAAAAGAUCAGAAUUGGUCAUGACAAUGGUGGUAUUUCACCCGGUUGGUUCUUGGACAAAAUUGUGGUGGACGACACUCUGAUGGAUUGCGUCUAUACGUUUCCAUGCCAACGUUGGUUUGCUAAGGAUGAAGAUGAUGGAAGGAUUACAAGGGAGUUGGUGGCCGGUGCAGGGGAUGCUGGGAUACCAUACAAAGUACAAGUGUUUACUGGUGAUGUACGAGGCGCAGGAACAGAUGCUGAAGUCUUCAUUACCUUAUAUGGAGGCAAGAAAGGUCAACUAAGUUCAGGGAAGAUUGUUCUGGAUGGAAAGUUUCAAAGGAACCGCGUUGACAUUUGCGACGUAGAGAGCGCAUCCAUGUUGAGCCCACUUGACCACAUAGAGAUCGGACACGACAACUCAGGGUCCGGACCCGGUUGGUUCCUCGAUAAAGUUGUUGUUACUUGCCCAACUAACGGGUGUGAACAGGUGUUCAGUUGUCGUAAAUGGUUUGCCACCGACGAGGGAGAUGGUUUGACUUCAAGGGAACUUUAUGAAUCAAAGUCGUUGCGGAAACAAGUUGUGCAAAAAAGUGCUUGGAGUUGUUUGAUUUGGACGAGUGAUGUAAGAAAUGCUGGAACCGAUGCCAAUGUAUUUAUCCAGGUUUAUGGAGAAAAUGGUAAAUCCGAUGAGAUACCCCUCGAUAAUGAAACCGAUAACUUUGAAACCGGACAGAAAGACAAGUUUAAGAUCAACAUACCAGAGGUUGGCCGCAUGUACAAGCUACGUGUAUGGCACGAUGACUCCAACCCAUUCUCAGGUUGGCAUUUGGACAAGAUAGUAUUGGAACCUGUGGGUGGGAAGAAGGGGAGUUCGUAUACUUUCAACUGCCAGAAGUGGCUGGACACCAACGAGGGUGAUGGGCAAAUCAUCAGGGAAAUCCCCGCCACUGGCCCCGGGGUGAAACGACCCCAGCCCCUCGUUCGUUACCAAGUUACCGUAGUAACAGGGGACAAACGGAACGCUGGGACUGAUGCCAACGUGUUUUGUUGUUUAUACGGUCGUCAAGGUGAUACUGGAAAUCGACCACUCCGAGGCGUCAAAGAGCAACAGGAAUAA